AUCGUCAAGCUCUUCUGUGGGAUCGUGGGUGCGCGCGGUUCGUUCCCGAUCGAAAUCGACGUGGAGCUAGCGGUGGGGCACCUGAAGAACGAGAUCAAAAAGGCGAGGCCGAACGCGUGCAGGGACACCGACGCCGACCAACUGCGGCUUUUUGUACCAAGGAGG